AUGGCGGAUGGACGUAGAUCUGUUUCGAAGACGACACAGGGAGAGGAACAGAAGGAAGAGAAAUCUGACCUUGAAAAAUUUAUGGAAUUAAUACUAACAAAAAUGGAAGAAAAUAAUAAUAAAAUAGAAACAAAAUUAAUUCACUUGGAUGAAAACAACAAGAAAAUGAGAAUAAAACUAGAUGAGACUAGUCAAAAAGCAGAAGGAAAUAGUAAAUCAUUAGAACAAAAAUUAGAAGAAAAUAGUCAAAAAACAGAAGAAAAUAAUCAAUCAUUAGAAAAAAGACUGGGGGAAAAAUUAGAAAUAACAUUAGAAAAGAUGGAAGAGAAAUUAGAAGAAAAUAGUCAAAAAGUAGAACAAAAAUUAGAAGAGAAUAAUAGAAAAGCAGAAGAAAAUAGUCAGAGGUUGCAGAAAAAACUUGAACAGACCUCCAAGAGAUUAGAGGAUCAAAUUGAACAAAGAAUAAACAAGAGUAUUGGAGAAGUAAAAAUGUUAUAUGAAGAAAUGAUGAAUAAACAUGAAACAUUAGAAACAAAAUUAACUUCUGAAAAUCAAGAAAUAGUAGUUCAAAUACAACAGCAUAAAGAAAGAAUAAAUAUGGUAGAAGAAGAAAUAGAAAAGGAAGCAGAAUGGACGAAUAAGAGAUUUAUGAUGGUAGAUGAAAAUAUAAGUGAAAUAAAGAAAGAACAGAAAACAUCUAAAGAAAAGGAGGAUCAAUUGGAAAAUAAAUGGAAGAUUGAAAUGACUGACAGCGGCAGCGACACUUAUUUAUCAGAGGAUGGUAAAAGGAAAGGAAAUGAAUUUGACGGAAUCUUUAGUAAGAGCAGAAAAGUAUAUCGAUCUCCCGAUACAAAGAAUGCUGGAGGUAGAGAGAAUGAAAUUACGGAACUGAUGAAAACGUUAAUAACUGAUAAUAAAAAGAAAGAUAAGGAACUAGAGGAUAUAAAAAACAUGGUAGAAAUCUGCCAAAAAGAAAGAAAGAAAAAUAAUUUAAUAAUGAAGGGUUUGCCAAUAAGUACGUCUGAUAUGGAACAGCUUAAGAAUGAAAUAGGAAACUUUUUAAAUAAAGAGCUACGAAUAAUGGCAGAGUUAAAUAAGGUACAAAAGAUCAACGACAAUAUGUGCAUUAUUGAGUUUAGUAAUUUUGAAGACAAACUAAGAGUACUAAAAGCAAAAAGUAAUCUUAGAAGUUAUAGACAACACCGCGUAUACAUUGAAUGCGAUGUAACACUUAAAGAGAUUGAUAUGCAGAAAAAUCUUAGACAUAUAGCAGCAAAAGAAAAGGCAAAUGGCAAAAGAAUAAUAAUGGGUUAUGGUUUUAUCGUUAUUGAAGAUACCAAAUGGAGAUGGAACCAUAGUGGUGUCAUCUAUAAGAGAAUUGGUAAAGAUAUUCAAAUUAUAGGAUAG